UGUAACCUUGGCCGUGCCUCGGGCGACCUCGAUCGCUCGGGAAUCUGGCUCGCGGUGUCGUCCUUCUUUCCCCCGUGUGUGUCGCGUUACGUAAUUCGUCCGUCGGUUCGUCUCGCGAGAGCCGCGCAACAACGGCACAGCGACCGCGGGCACCGCGGGGGCCCGUUUUACGCGGCCGCAUCUGUCAUAACGUGCGCGAUUCCGCUCACCGCGCCAUAUUGGCAUCGAAGUGUUUUUCAACUGAUAACUUCUCUUUUUCCGGGACACCCCGCGCACGCGGUGCCGCUUGUCGUUACGGGGGAUCGUGAGAAAAGGGGGCCGUGGAAGCCUCGAUACCCCUCCGGGCUUCGAGUCCGCGAUAGGGCGUGCUCCGCACAUGUAACGGACCGCGCUAAUUUGGAGAAGGGUUUCGGAAACCAGUCGCUCGUUGGUUUGAGGAUUAAAACUUCGAUCUCUGCAAGAUGACAGAAAGUAGCGUGUCCAGAAUGAAGGGGCGCAAUGGGGCACGACUUUUCAAGAAUCCACCGCAGCCGCACAUGUGUAUACAGGAUUUCAUACAGGGCACUACGGCUCCGUGUUAUGUAAACGUACUGUCUUGGGACAAAAUUGCAAUGCCUCGCAGACCAUCACUGCCUGUGCCACUUUACGGAGGUAUGAGAGUGCCACCGCCUCGCACAAAGACGGAAGCCAUAGUGUUUGCUGUAAUGGCCAACCCCGAGGUCCUGCGAAUGAGCGGCAAGAAUGCUCAGGACGUAAAGAAGCGUAUGAGCUUUAUCGAGUUACUAUUAGACUUCAUAGAAGCGAUGAACGCAGGGGUAGUCUUCAAUCGUAAUUAUACAAUACUAAAAGAUCGAGACAUCACGGGCGAGCUGAAGGAGGUCUGGAACGCAGUGUUAGCCAUACGCGACAAUGAACAGCGUCCGCCGCAGCAGGAAACCUGGAUCGACGUUCAACCUCCCAUGUCGCAAUUUCCUCAGUACCCGGAACAGCAACAGCAGCAGCAAGAGUACAUACCACAGCCGCCGCAGUAUCACUCGAGCGUCGCCUAUGGUAGGACUAUUAACAACGAAAAUAUGCACUAUGAGAGCUACGGGCAUCAGCCUCAAAGCUCGGCGAUUUCCAAGAACGAGCCUAUCUUUAUAUCCGGACACAUCGUAUCGCAGCAGUGCCACAACAACGUUCAUCGAAUCGCCCUCGAUCAGUACAACUAUCGCGAGCGCGGUAGAGACGGUCAAGUUGUGCAAAAUGUUAUUGCGGCACAGCAUCAAUUUCAACCGAGGCAAACGUGGCCGCAGUAUGUGAAUACUAAGUAUAUGCAUCCGAACUCGAAUCUACCAUAUGGACCGGCCGCAAAUACCAACCCGGCCAUUAAUCCUUCGAAUCAGUUUCAGCCAUAUCCUACUUACCAGCAACAACAACAGCAGCAGCCGACGCCACCACCGCCGCCGCCACAUAUAGACAAUACGAUGCAUGUCGAUAUUCGUAGGAUGCAACAACAACCACAGCAGUCACAAAUACACUUUAAUCAUGUACAGUCGCCGUAUGUUGAGCAAUCUGGGUCAUUCAGUGUACAAAGUAAUGCGCAUAGAGCAAGCAGACCGCAUAUGGGAGUAGCUCAGAAAAACAACGUUACUAAGAGACAGACAAAUUCACCAACGCACACUUCUUGUACAAAUUGCCAAAAUAAGGAAGACCAAUCUUUCACGAAGCCGAAGAGUCCCGUUAAAGUUCUUCAAAGGGAAGUGCCAAUGGAGCGGCAAGAUACAACUAAUCAUGCGGAGAGCAAAGCUCCAGUAGAAAAAGUAGAGGAACCGAAGAUUGUCCCAGUGACAGAUUUAGAUGAGGAUCUUAAGAAGAGUGAUGAGCUCGUGGUUGAGUAUGUAUACCCGGAGAAAGAGGACGUCUGUAGUCCAGAACUUACGCGUACUGUCGACGAAAUGCCGCCAUGUGAAGAAAAGAAUUCCGUAAAACUAGAAUCCUGUAAAACAUCUUUGAUGGAGACGAAAGAAACGGAAGUGUCAGCUACGCAACAAUUUACUGUUCAGAAGAAUACCAAUAAGUUUGUCAAAGGCAAUGCGCAACCGCGAAGAGUAAUAACCAAAGGUAAUAAGCAUAACUAUUCGCAGCUUCCGAAGUGCUCACCGAUGAACAGCGUUGAGUAUGUGUACUCGGAGAAAGAAGAUGUCUGUGGUUCAGAACAUACGCGUACUGUCGAGGAAGCGCCGCCAUGUGAAGAAAAGAAUUCUGUAAAACUAGAAUCUUGUAAAACAUCUUCAAUGGAAACGAAAGAAACGGAAGUGUCAGCCAUGCAACAAUUGACUGUUCAGAAGAAUGCCAAUAAGUUUGUCAAAGGUAAUGCGCAACCGCGAAGAGUAAUAACCAAAGUUAAUAAGUAUUCGGAACUUCCGAAAUGCUCGCCGAUGAACAGCAUUAUCAAAAGUGUUUUCAAGAUUAAUCCAGGUGCGUCCAGUGAGGAAUCGUCGGGUAAGAAAAAGGCGAAUGGCCAGGCAAGGCCAGCUAAUGGCAAAGCGAUGUGCGAGAACGAGGAACAGGUGCAACCGGGAUACACGAUACUGAAGAAGGAGGCUCAGGAGGAGAUGGUGAGCGAGAUCGCUCAAUUAUCCAUUCAAGACUGCAAGGACGCGACCGAGGUCGCUCCCGUGCUCUCGUGAUAGCCAGGCCUACAGCUGGUACUCAGCUGUGUCGGCGCGCGACCAAGGGCUUUGAUGUAAAUAGAUAGAACUUUAUUCAAUAGAAAGAAGUCAGGAAGAUAUGAAAGACAUCGCGAACAGAUAGGAGGGGGGAGAUAUCGUUGAUGAUUAGAAUUCAUACCCGAUUACUUCGAGUCCUGAACGGAAUUGAUAUGUCUUUGAAACGGCUUUGAUCGAUUAUCAUCGCGCGGAUACGUGACGAACAUUAUUUGUGAUUUUAUGACUGUCACAGUGUUCUUAUAACGGUACUACGUGUGAUAUCAAAGAUUUAUCAACGUUAGUCUACUCAUAGGAGUGUCGGGAAACUUAUUCGUGAUCGAAGCUGGGUACAAUUUGAAUUCAUGUACAAUUUGAUUCUCAUCAAUUUUCAUGCAAUGGCCUUACUUAUAACAGAUUAUUUUCUUGAAUGUCGUUCGAAUGUUUUUAGUAACAGUUUCAGUCGUUGUUAUAAUUUUCAUAUCUCUGUACUUGUAAUUAUGAAGUUAUUGCUGAGUUCCGAAAUGUCGAGCUUUUAUUAUAGUGGAAUUUAUUAAAUUUUUCUUUAUCUAGUUUAAUUGAUGAAAUAUGAUAAAUAUAAUUCUUUUUACUCUAUAUUUUGUA